AGUUGUCAAAGUUGUGAAAAUAUUUGGGCUAUUUUUAAUUUUAUGAAUCUUUAUUAGCAAACUCAAAUAAAGUGAGUUUUGUUAUGUUGAGUGGGUUGCGUGGUGUUUCUCCCGCUUCUGAAGCAAUGUCGGAAGGCACUCUGGAAAGGAACCGUGCUGAAAAAGCUCUCAUUACAAAAACCCCUGCACAUAGUCAAGUUUUCCAUGACUUACGUGGAAAUGUUAAAAAUUACUCUGAUAAGAAUGGGAAUGAUGUUACGAAGACCGUCCACAAAGGACGCAAGACUUUUGCAUUUUGGACAUUAGUGUGCUUGCUGUUUGCUCUUGCCAUUGGCAAUUUAAUUCUUACUUUUACCAUACUUGCUGUUUUGCGUCUUGGGCAAGGUAUGGAAAGUAUGGAAUUUCUUCCGGAGCACAAUGCUAUCAAACUGAUGGGUAAAGCGCAUCUCGAGCAUGUUUACAAGCGCGAUGGACUGCUGGAAGGUUUCAAGGAUGUACCAAUGAUGAUCACCAGUGAGAAUGGCUCCGUCAACUUUAAUCUGCAAACCAGGCUGUCUCGUCCCGAUACAAAGUUAACUGUGAACUCGUCCGGUGUAUUCGUUCGCGGCGUCAACUCCCUGGAGCUGGUGGACCCUGACUCGGGUCGUACUGUGUUCAGCACAGCCGCGCCCGCAAUUAAUAUACCAGACGGCGUCAACAAUAUACACGCUAAACAAGUGUCAACUAAACGUAUCACAGCGCCAGUGGACGAAGAUCUAUCCGUCCGUUCGGAUGGUUCCAUACACCUCCGUGGCUCGGAGGGCACUCACAUGGAAUCCAAGGAGUUAUUCUGGAGCGCCGACCAGGAUAUAUACAUCAAAUCUAUAAACGGCUCCGUGGUAUUGAGCGGUAAAGAAGGAGUGUUCGUCGACGUCAGAUACUUACCUAUAGCGUCGCCUAUUAAUAAGACUGAUAAGCAAGCGACAGGCCAAUUUAAAGUGUGCGUGUGUAUGCCACAGGGGAAAUUGUUUAGAAUACCUGUACCCACCGGGCAGAAGGUUACGUGUUCUCAUGUGAAUAUGACUGGUGAUAUGAAUCCUUGCGCCUGAUUUUAUGUAUUCUAGUUGAUUUUUUUAUAUUGUUGAUCACUAUAUAGUUA